CCCAGCCCCGCCCCCAGGCGGACAGGUGUGCACCUGCUCCAGUUCUGCGCGGCCGCACCUGCCCGGUCCGCAUGGAGCCCCCGGUCCGCGGCCUGGGCCGCUGCGCGUCGUGUUUCUGGCUGGCCGUGGCCUUCGACGUGCUGGGGCUGCUGGUGCUGCUGGUCGGGGUGUUCGUCAACGUCUUCUUCUACGACCUGCUCAUCUACGCGGGCGCCAUCGUCAUCUUCCUGAGCCUCAUCUGGUGGGUGUUCUGGUACUCCGGGAACAUCGACGUGCCGCCGGCGGAGCUGCAGGACGACGUGGGCCUGCUGAAGAAGCCGCGGGGCUUCACCGCCCUCCGGGGCGCCGUGGCGCGGCUCUCCGGCCGCGUGUCCAGUGGCUUCAGGACCUCCCUGCGCCGGACCGGAGGAGCCCGGAGCUCCGCCCGGUCCCCCGGAGGAGCCCGGUCCCCCGCGGACCCGCUGGUGGACCCGCAGCCCGGACACGUCACCGUUGCCAUGGCAACGCUGGGCCCCCCGGGGAAGGGUCCCCCGGACGGCGCGGAGACUUCGCCCACCUGAGGCCGCAGAGACUGGACUGGCAGCCGUUUCCUGCGGACCAGCAGCUGCCUCCACUUCACUACAUCAUGGAGCUUUUCUUUUUAACUGAGACAAAAAUCCAACAUGUUUGACCAAUGCAAGAACAUGGACAUGAGAUACUGUAUUUACCCAAGAAUAUACAUUUUAACACGUCGUUUUAAUUAAUGCGUCAGACGUGGCUCCAUUCAGUUUGGAUCAGUGUCCAAGUUUACUACAAAGUUGCAAGAGUUUAGGAGUUUGCAUUUUUACACUUAAGUCUGUAAGGAAACUUUAUCUGGUUAAAAACAAACAAACCUGAAUUAAAAUGUAUAAUGGUUCCUUUUUACCAGUAUGUGUACUAUCAGGUUGAGGUUUGUAUGAUCCCAGCAGUAUGGAAGUAUACAUACAUACAUACAUACAUACAUACAUACAUACAUACAUACAUACAUACAUACAUACGCACACACACAAAUGCUCUAUAAAUCAUCAAUACUUAAAUAGUCUCACGUCGCUCACGGGCAGAAAUUUGUGCCCAGAUGCCAAAACCCUUAAACAAUCACACUAGACAGUGUUACAGAGGUGUAAUGAACUUUAAAUAUACCAGAAUUCAUUAAAUAACCUCAGAUCCCAACCCGAGAAAGCCUUCCCCUCUUGAGUGGUUGCUGCUCACGGUAAACCAUCCAGUCCAGUCACACGUCACCCGAUCAAAAAGCUCCUUCACACAGCUGGACUGCAGAAAGACACACCAGUUAAGACAAUUCCUAAAACUGCUCCUCCACUUUGCCUAUCUUCCCCCUGGUCGGCCUUCGUUGCCCCCCGGUGCUCCUGUACUCCAAAAUCCUGCAGGUAUACAAAAUAACUAACUCUUUCAACUCUUCAGCUCUAAUUCAUGUUUCAUUUGUUGGAAUUAAUCAUGUUUAAAGUUCUGAUUUAUAAAGAGGUUUCUCAAUGAUAGCUGAUUUUCGCGAUAACAGCAACAAUAUGUUUCACAUGUAUCCAAGAAUUGAUGGGAACUUUGGGAAAUAAGCUGUAGCCCUAUUGCAAAUAACAAAAUAAACAAAUAAUACCAGUGUUGUAAGAAACGCUGUAAAUAAAACACUUUGAACAAAAAAUUGUGUGUAUUAUGUCAAGUUUCAGGCAUCAAGGGUUUUAUUAAUCCAAAUCUAAAAACGUUCCUGACUUUUAAAUAUCCAAGAUCAACAGUCAAAACAAAAAAUAAACCCCUUGAAAUGUCAUAAAGGUCUGGCGUCUCCUUAACGAAGAGGUUUGAGGCUUCACUUCUGUGUAAGACGUAAACUCCUGAGAGUGCAGAAGAUGAAAGAUGACUGACGUUAAAUUUGUAAUCCAAACCUGAACAUUGUAACAACAAAGUCUUUGAAUUAUUGCUCUCAAACAUUCAGGGUUUUUAUGUUAUUAAUUUUUAUGUUUAUGUGAAGUUAUAAGUCGUUAGAUGUUCAUGUCAAAGUACCAGGAUUUAAGGUAGUCUUUUUGGACGGGACUGGAGUCUCUCGACCAGAUCUUAUUAUAGAUAUUAUAUAGAUAAAUCUGAAUAUUUGAAUAUUUCAAGUUGGUGUGAUUUUUGCUUGAACCAGAAUUAUAAUACAAUUUUGCCAGUUUGUGAGUAAUUAUGUGAACUAAUUGUGGAUUUUAUUUCAAUUGUGUCAACUGAAGAGUCUCAAUGUCUUCAUGGUUCACCACAUUAAAUUCCAUUUAUCUUCAA